GGUAUGGACCUGACGGAGACGUUUCCGGCGGGUGGUGUUCCCGGUGAUGACCUAGGUAAGACAGACUACUUCGACUUCGUGGUGUCCCCCCCGCCGCACUGCGGCUCAACGGGCGGUGUCUCCGACGAGGACAGCUACUUGCACCGAACCACCUGCCGAGGUAUGAGUUACCUGCAGGACACCCGUCACGAUGACCAUGACACUCACACAUCAUCCUUCAUCAAAGAAACCAACAACAACACCUUAACAGCAUUACCCCCCGCCUCAACGUUAAUAGGAGCGAUGAACCAUCAUGGCGUCCGCAACCACUGCGUCAGCACAGAAGUCCCGAUGGACCAAUCCGACUGUGACUACUGGAACACUGACGACAGUAAAGAGCAGACAGCCAGCAUAUUCCUGGAAGACCUGAACAAAUUCUGCUGGUCGACAGAAGCCACACCGACGAGUCACUCGGACGUCCAAACCAACGACAACUCUCACCGCAUCACAACUGCCAACGACCGACAGAAUACAGACGGCGCCAUUUACACGUUAACUGUAUUAAACAAUGAGAAUUCGAUAGACGCCCUGGACUGCUGCAAGAGUCCAACAGCCCCAUCAACAGACUCCUGGUCGCUCCGGCCAAACCUCGACCUCGAUGCAAUCCUCAGUCUGGAGCCAAGCCCCAGCGAUCAGGACCACGACGUCCAGAACUCAGUCGAUCAAACCAGAAAUACUGAGAGGUACCACGUGAUAGCGACGCCAUCGUCGCAGUACGCUGAAGACAGUGGCUUCGUCGAGAGCAAGGAGUUGUGCAGACAGUCGAAUCCUUCAGGGGACAACAACAACGACUGGAAGCUGUCUGACCAGAACCAGCUGCAGGAAGCCGUGGCAGCAGCAGCUGCUGACAACGCCGAGAGCCUCCUGAGGAGUGCCCUCACGGGGAAGAUCUACACAGGAUCCCCCCAGAUACCCUCACCCUCUCCGUCCCAAGGAUCCACGAUCUCCUUAUCAGUCUCGAGUAACGCCAGUGGUGGUCUCCAGAUUCUCGAGCACCAGGGCCAAGGACAGUCCCAACAGACACCCCAGGAGUCUCAGAACGAGGCAAUGCAUGCCUGCACGGAUGACGAUCUCCUGUUAUCGCAGCUGGCGAGUGCCCCAUUCAGACCCGGUGAAUACGAGAAACUGAAGAGCAUCGAGAACGAGGUGGUGGAGUCCUACUGCAGCUUGGAGCCCGUCUGCAACGUAUCCUCAGCGCCAACAGUCCUCUACACAUUAGACCCUCAAAGUGGCAGCUUGGGAACGAUAACGUUGCCUGCUGAUUUGGGAACGGUUACGGUGGUGGCAGCCCAACAGGAUCUGCUACCACAGACAACAACGAGAACCGAGGAGACCCAGCCCACCAGUAAUCAGAUACAAAUAGCACCGGCAAGGUCCAGUACAAAGGCGCCCAAGAAGUAUUGCAGAAGGUCAAACAAGAACAGUGCCAACAGCAACGGCUCCUCCGGCAAUGCUUCUGGCAAUGGUAACAGUGGACAGGGCAAUGGUUCAGGAUCACCAAGCUCGGUUCAACGAAAGGAAAGGUCACUCCACUACUGCAGUAUCUGCAGUAAAGGCUUCAAGGAUAAGUACAGUGUCAAUGUUCACAUCAGGACGCACACUGGGGAGAAACCUUUUGCCUGCAACAUGUGUGGAAAGAGCUUCAGGCAGAAGGCACAUCUUGCUAAGCACUAUCAGACACACAUGGCGGCUAAUAAAACUAACGUUGGAAAUGGAAAUAGCAGCAGCAACAGCAACUCAAGCCCCUCCGACACAUCGCGAGGAAAUCACAGUGCUGAUUCAGCCGUUUGUAAUCCGUCGAGUUAG